AUGGGUCAUCAAUGUUUAUCCUUGAGUUGUUCAGCAGCAGUGGCGAAAUCAGUAAGUCAGUGUGUUUCUUUCUUCAACGUCUACCCAGUGCAGUCGCUUGUUUUAUAUUUUUAUUUAUUUAUUUAAUAAAACACAAGUGCCUGUUAUUAGCCUAACUUAGCUAGCUAAGGUUACUACAGUACUAGCUAGCUUUUGGUUCUCAUUAAUGCUAAAGACCGCUUGUGAAAUACUCUAUUUUGGUAUAACGAGCAAUGUCAUAGCCAUAAUGUGAUAUUGUGUGUGUGUGUGUGUGUGUGUGUGUGUGUGUGUGUGUGUGUGUGUGUGUGUGUGUGUGUGUGUGUGUGUGUGUGUGUGUGUGUGUGUGUGUGUGUGUGUGUGUGUGUGUGUCUCUCUCUCUGUGUGUGUGUGUGUGUGUGUGUGUGUCUCUCUGUGUGUGUGUGUGUGUGUGUGUGUGUGUGUGUGUGUGUGUGUGUGUGUGUGUGUGUGUGUGUGUGUGUGUGUGUGUGUGCGUGCGCGCGCGUGUAGUUAGCCAUGUGUACUGUCUCACACCUACCUCUGUUGUCGACAGGUUCAGGUUGGUGCAUCUGCAGGGAAGGCUCUCCCAGAGAGGGUAAAGAUAGUGGAGGUUGGACCCAGGGAUGGCCUUCAGAAUGAAAAGGUAGUAUUCCACUUUUUUGAUGCUUUUUUGCUGAGUCCACCUUUGAAUUACAUAUUUUAGGUGGUGCAUUGAAUUGAGCUGGGUGGGUGUGUCGCUCAAACUCAUGAGGAACCAGGAAGUAUUUUUACAGUUCUGGGGAACUGUGUCAAAAGCCACCUGUUGCAGAUGUUAUUGUCAUAACUCAUGUCUCUCUCCUGCUGUCCCUGUCAGACUCUCGUCCCUGCUGAAAUUAAGAUUCACCUGAUUGACAUGCUCUCAGAGGCGGGUCUUCCUGUGAUUGAAGCCACAAGCUUUGUCUCUCCAAAAUGGGUCCCACAGGUGAGCUUACCAGAGUGUUUCAAUAGCUCAACAACAUGUCCUCUCACAUUGUUUAUUCCAGAACAUCACUGAAUAUCGGUCCAUGUGAUUCCCAUAGUAUGCUUUACAGAUGUUUUAUGGAUACUGUAUUCAUUCAAUUAUGAAAAUAGUUGCAAUUGCAUAGUUUGUGACGUGUCCAGUCCCUCCUGAUUGACAGAUGGCCGACCAGGUGGAGGUGAUGAAGGGGAUCAACAGACGGCCUGGUGUGUCCUAUCCCGUACUGACCCCCAACCUCAAGGGCUUCCAGGCAGCUGUACGUACCUCUGAUUGGCUCCAUGCACAUGUUACUGUGCUUACUGUGUCACCUCAACAUCACAUAGACACAUAACAGAAACACAGAGAUGUUUGAGUAACUCAUGUUCUGUGAAUUCAAUAAUUCCUUCAAAGCUAAUUAUUAAACCAUUGUAAGCACUGUGAUAUUUUUAGACUGUAGGUAUUGAGCAAGUAUGUUGCUGGUUAUUUUCUCAGGUGAAGGCAGGAGCAGCAGAGGUGGCCAUAUUUGGCGCUGCCUCUGAGCUGUUUAGUAAGAAGAACAUCAACUGCUCUGUGGAUGAGAGUCUGCAGCGCUUUGAGGAGGUCACCAAAGCAGCCAAAGAGGCCGGUGUGCGAGUCAGAGGGUAAGACUGACAGACAGACAUAGGGACGGGCAGAGGAAGAAAAUGUGAGCAGUCGUGAUUUUCAUUGGGAAAGUCUGUGAAAUGCUGUAGGGUUGUUUACAUUGCUCUAAGAUGUCAGGUUGUUUGACUCCAGGGCAUCAGUCUCACCUCCUUGAUCUGUUCCCUCAGGUAUGUGUCAUGUGUGCUUGGAUGCCCAUAUGAGGGCCAGGUGUCACCAGACAAAGUGGCUCAGGUGAGUUCCUCUGACUCAGACCAAGCCCAGCAUUCUAUCACUUGUCACUGAGAAAACUGUCUCUUCAUCUUCCCUUAGAAAUGUCAUUAUACUCCAAAUAUAUUUGAUUAAGUGUCAUAGAGCUUUAAACCUGCUUGAAGAUUUCACCUGUUGCUUUCUCUAAUGCAGGUAGCCAAGCGUCUGUACUCCAUGGGUUGCUAUGAGAUCUCUCUGGGCGACACCAUAGGCGUGGGCACACCGGGCGGCAUGACUGAGAUGCUGGAGGCAGUGAGAAGGGAGGUGCCUGUUGACGCCCUGGCAGUCCACUGCCAUGACACCUAUGGUCAGGCUCUGGCCAACAUCCUGAUCGCCCUGCAGGUACUGUACAGUAAGACCUGAAACUGAGUGCAAUAUAGAGGACUCCUCUGAUUUGGUGUAUAAAAGUACUAUAAUACUACUGGCAUACAUUUGAUGAAGACAGUGUUUGUUUUUGCAGAUGGGCAUCAGUGUUGUGGACUCGUCAGUGGCUGGCCUGGGUGGGUGUCCAUAUGCACAAGGGGCCUCUGGGAAUGUGGCUACAGAGGAUGUGGUGUACAUGCUGCAUGGACUCGGCAUUCAGACGGUGAGAAUUCACCUUUUCCCUCUUUCUUUAUCAGUCUCCCUCUUUCACUUCCUCCCUCAGUCCAAUAGAGUCUGGCAAACUGUUACGAGAAAGUGUUCUACUUCCUGUGUAUUAAAAAAUGAAUUGUCAUCAGUGUUCUCUUUUUAAACUGGUCAGUGCACAUGUAAGAGUUCCCUGUUUCAGUGUGUGACUGUUGUCCUCCUUCUCCCUCUGUCUCAGGGAGUGGACCUGCCCAAGCUGAUGGAUGCUGGAGCGUUCAUCUGUAGUUCCCUGAACAGAAAGACCAGCUCUAAAGUGGCCCAGGCAACCUGCAAACUCUGA